GAUUUGGCGAAUCUUAAGUCUAAUGAGUACAUCGAAAAUAAGACUUUUGCCGAGGAUUUAACUGAAGGAAAGUUUUCCUACCCUAUAGUCCACGCCAUACAAAACUAUCCACACGAUAGCUCUCUAAUCAAUAUUCUGCGCCAAAGAACCAAAAACAUUGAGCUCAAGAAGUUUGCGGUGAAUAAGUUGGAGGAAUUGGGAUCAAUUGACUACACAUACGAAGCUUUGAGACAUUUUAAACGGGAAAUAAUGAAUGAUCUGCAG